AUGAGCAAGAAGAAGAGCCGGUCCAAGAAGAGCGGCGGCGGGGGCGCGCGGAAGCAGGAAGUGUCGGUGCACGAGGACAGCGACUCCUUCUACUUCCGGAACGGCGACUACUACAGCGGCCAGUACAGGGCGACCUCGGCGGGCGACGUGGUCCGGCAAGGCGAGGGCCGGCUGGUGACGGCGGACCGCCACGUGUACCGCGGCCAAUGGGACGCCGACAGUCUCUCCGGCCCGGGGGCGACCCUGAGGUUCCCUGACGGCUCGGAGUACCGCGGCGAGCUGCAGGACCUGCGGCUGCAGGGCGCCGGCUGCUACCUCUUCCCCGACGGCAGCCGGCUGGAGGGGCACUUCGCCGCCGACCGGCCCUCUGGGGUGGGCGGCGCAGCGCGGCUGGCGGACCCCGGGGGCAGGCCGUGGGCGGGGGCGGCGCGGGCCUCGGGGGCGGCGCUGCGGCCCGUGCUGCGCUUCCUGCCCGCCCCCGGCGCCCCUGACCCUGACACAGCCCCGCCCGCCCGUCACACGUCUCACGGACCUGUGUAG